CGUCGUCAGGAGUCGAGAACCAGAAGAACGACUGAAGAACGACCUACAGCACACCUAUACAGGACCCACCCCAUCGACGACAAGGAAAUACCCUGCGAAAUACCUCCCUACAGAGCACUAGGAGGGCACUCACCCCGGCCACUAACUAUCCCCACAGUUCCACUCGAAAACGCUAGCAGGAAAGGAAACCCCCGUCUGUCCAUCGGCCAAACUCCCUCCCUACCCGCCAGCAACAACACCACCCAACAACAACCAACAAAACAACCCCUCAGAAUCCCACCAUGGGCCGAACAAAUCCCCUCGCCCUCCGCCUCCGCACAACCCUCAACUGGCCCUCCUCCGUCCGCCACCCCCUCCUCGCUUCCUACAUCUCCCACAUCUUCCAAACCUCCCUCGCCUCAACCCCCGCAAUCCGAGCCUCAACCUCAGGCAUAUGGGUUAACAUCACCAUCCUCUCCCCGCAAAACCAACAACAGCCCCCGCACCCCCUCCUCACAUCCCCCCCCGCCGCCCUCGACCUCCGCAACUCCAACCCGCUCGCAGCGCUCGGCAAAAUCGACCGCAGAGUCACAAAGGCGUCCCGCCAGCACGUCUAUUUCCGCGACGUGUUCAGAAACAAGGCAAAGAAUCCCGUGCAGGCUCUCGGUGGGAGUGAGGACCCCUUGCGGGCGUUGGCGGUGUAUAGGGACACGCCCGUGCAUGUCAAGGUGAAUGUGAUCACCAACCCGCUGCUCAAUGCCCAGGUGUGUGCCGCGUUCAUUGCGAGGGAGCUGAAUCGGAAUAAAACCAUGCCGAGGAUCUACAAGGGGUUGCUGGGGAAGAUGUAG